UAAAAACAUUAUACGUCAGUUGAAAUGGCACCGAAAACCAGUGGAAAGGCCGCCAAAAAAUCCGGCAAGGCAACGAAAGCCAUUGUGAAGGGAGACAAGAAAAAGCGUAAGCAACGCAGGAAGGAAAGCUACGCUAUCUACAUCUACAAGGUGUUGAAACAAGUCCACCCGGACACUGGAGUCUCGUCCAAGGCCAUGAGCAUCAUGAACAGCUUUGUUAACGACAUUUUCGAACGCAUUGCUAACGAAGCUUCUCGUCUGGCACAUUACAAUAAACGCUCGACGAUCACUUCCCGCGAAGUACAGACCGCCGUCCGUUUGCUGCUGCCAGGAGAGUUGGCCAAACACGCCGUCUCGGAAGGCACCAAAGCCGUCACCAAAUACACCAGCUCCAAGUAAAUUCUUCUGACUAUUGCACUAAAAACUCG